UAGUAAAAUCGAUAAUGGAAACAAAUACCUUAUUGUUCAAAAUAAUUUAAUUAAAAUUAGUAAGACACGAGUUAUACUUCCGCAUAAUCUACAUUCAUUUGAGAAAUGCACUAAAUUUUCCGUUUUUUUGUUAUUUAACUCAAUUUUCAUUUUUUUGUGCCAUUUGGCAACACUGCGCGUUAAGUGUGACCACAUCUCCAUAGCAAACAGCUGAUUUUUAGUUGCAAGAGAAAUUGGGUAAACAGGUAAACAGAACAUAUACGGCACAGAAGCGCAGAUAAUAGCCAUGCCCAUUUCCGAAGUCUACAAGAACGGUCUCAGAGACUUUUUGCUGAAUGAGAAAAACACGAUUGUAUUGAUGCAGUUGGCCAAGAGUACGACAAAAAAUGUGUGUAAAAUCAAAGAUCCUGAGGAAGCCUUGGACUACCUAAUAGCACAUGUGGAGGACAUACACAUUUUAUUGUCCAAACGUCUCAUCACGCGCGAACUUCUGUUUAUGUAUGUGCACAGACGCUUACCGGGAAUAGCCACAAACUUCACCAAGGCGGAUUUGGUAUCGAAAGUGAUCAAAUAUUGGGAGCAGCAGCAAACCGUAGAACCUAUUAAUACGCCCAAAAACGAAGAGGAGUAUCCCAUUCACACAAUGGCUCGGAAAUUCGGCGAAUGGUUUUUUGAACGCUUUAAUUCUGACUGUCUCAGCCUUGUAGAUUUGUGGAACGAUGCGGCCUUGCACUUAACAAUUUUGGCCAGCGAUGGGGUUAGUGUGCACGAGUGUGAGACGGCUCCAGAGGUACUUACAGUACUUAUAAGCACAAGAAACCAAUUUGGCUUCGUCUUUAAUCCAAACCUAACCCACGGUGGAAUACAAGGGCGCAUGGAUUCCUAUGGUCAGGUCUUGGUGCUCUCCUGUGGCACUCUUCACACAACCGAGUCCUGUGUUGGGGUUUUUGAGUGCGUGUUUGCACUGUUACGUGACCCCUAUUCGGAAAACAAUUGGAAGCCCAAGAGAUUGAAAUGUUUGCUAAAGAGUGAGGUUGAGCCCCGCAUCCUCCAUAGCCUGAGAGAGUGCGAAACUCUGCAGACAGCUCUGGCACUGCCAGUGCCUAACGAAGAGCUGGACUAGCGGUGACUAUUAUUGAGCGGUUAAAUGCGAAAUGAACUAACCUUUCGAUAGCUCCGGUGCACGUCCACCAUGGCAUGGAGUAUACCAUCAGUAUAUAUACCAUAUCGUUACUUACCCUUAGCUUAGAAAUAAAGAAUGUAAUCUUGUAUAAACUUACGAUUUCACUUUUCGAAUGGUCAGUUAAAGCCGAAGAUCGAAGAAGUCUCCGUAUAUACUUGUGUAGUCAACCCAACUGCAAUUUCAAAGAGAAUUUAGGCAUUAAAAGUUGUACAAUUUUGCGAGUUAAGCCUAAGAGAACACUGUCAACAAUAUGUUAGAGUAGUCCCAGUCAUAGUUUUAAGUCUUUGUUGCUAUCUUCGAUUAACCGAAGCUCCCUCAUACCUUGCAGUGAUAGUUUUGAAUAAGUAAAGAAUAAUCCCCUUA